AUGGAUGGCUUUCCAGCAAAGUUGGUGGUAAUUGCAGCACUAGUGUUGCUUCUUAUGGGGGAUUUCCAAGCAACUUGUGAAACAUUACUUCCUCGUGGUCUUGGGAAGAGUAGUUUAUGGCAUAUUGACUGUAGAGAUGGCUUGGCAGAGAUACAUAUUGGAAGAAAACAAGGUACCUUUGGAUGUCAAGGUGAGAAUUUUUGCAAAAAAAUAAUGGGCGCAGCCUAA